GUCAAUAUGAUAACAUUAAAAAUUUAAAGCUGUUCUUUUAAUAAAUACCAAAUGUAAUAUAGAUAUAAUGUCAUAUAACAUAUAUGUGUGCAUAUCUAUAGCAUUUUAUAUGCCUAGGGUGUGUUCAGGGAGAGGCUAUUAGUGCUAUUUGCAUCAUUCUAUUCUUGUUUAUAUUUAAUGAAUAAUAAAGAUAGAAAACACAAAUAGCGCUAAUAGCGGUUUUUCCGAACAAACUCCUAUAUUAUAUUCGGUGUUUGCUGGGUUUUUGUUGCUAUUUAAACAAAAUCUAUCUUUUCCAGGCUAUUUUCGCAAAACUGGGAGAUCUCCUUCAAACGAUCGUAUACUAUUCGACCGGAAAUUCGAGAAGAGUCAGGAUGUGGGCGAGAUAAGACGGUUGGCCGCCACUGCCGUGCGUAUAAAUCUCUCCCGUACGCCGGCGGGCUACACUUUUUCUUCCACGUGAGGAGCAUCGCCACGGGUCGCCUCGUCGUAUGGGCGGACGGUCGACCGGGCCGUGGCUGAUUACGGGCAGUAAUGAAAGCGGCCUGCUUGCACACAGUAGGUAGGCAGGUGCGCGCCGUCGUCUGUCAUGUAGUCUUCCCCCCGUCAUUUGCGUCACACGUUUUCUGCCGCAUCUUCGCCCAUUGAGGCCGUCAAUGAGACCGACAGUCGGUGUUGUUGUUAUUGUUGUUGUUGUUGUUCUGACUCUUUUUCUUCGCGUGCCUUAGCAAAGUGACCACGCGCGACUGCGGGAGCAUACGAGUUGCUAAUUGAAGCGUUAGGCGUCAGCUGUCACAGAUCAGCCGCGGGUCCACCCGCUGGACCAGGGAGUCAAAAGCCCUGCGAGUUAUGAAAGCGAUUGCGCCCUUCGUUUUUCAGUGAUACCCAGAUUACCAAACAAGCUUUAGUACAUCGGAUAACUCAAUGUACUACAUGUGUGUUCUGAACUUGUCAAUUUUCUGACAUUGGAAUCUAUUGUGGAACUGAUUGUGAAUUAGCAAUAGAAAAGUAAAGACACAUUAUCAGUUAAUGAAGACUUUACAUGAUUGUAGAACUACAGACAGUUUAUGGAAGCACCUCUUUUUUAGAUUGUCGACAUUGAAUAUGGUGAUUGCAUUGCAACUGACGAGAUGCCAGAGUGGCGGGGGCGGCAUUGGUGGUGGCGGCGGACCAAGUACGUUCGGAUACGACGCCUCCUCCGCCUGCAGCAAACCAUACUCGCGCACAGGACGUACGCACCACGAAGAUCUACCUUGUGAUUUUCGCCGACAGAACUGGUGCACGAUCGCCGGUAGCUCUUAUCCUUGGCAUGCGGUACGUCGAUUUGUACAAGAGAAUCAGGGGUUAAUGAGACGCAUGUACGGCGACGAAAAUUACAUCAAUGUUCUUCGAGCGGAACUCGAGAAGAACGAUAUCGAAUUGAAGUACGACAACUAUCAUCAUCAUUUUGCUGACGAUUUGAGACAAUUCCAAUAUGACGACGAUUAUGAAUUCAUCGACGAUCGACUGAAGGUUAAUAAUGGCGAGUACGAAGGUCGCGGAUUUACUAGCCGUUCUUUCAACGAUCCCAUCGCCAAGCGAAUGAAUAAGUUUUCGAAGCUUAGUGAGUAUACCAGACCGCAUUUCCGGCCUACCGAACGGACCACCAGUUUAACCACUACCCCCUCGAGUACGACAACCUCUUCAACUUCGUCUUCGACAUUGACUAGCGCUACGAUUCUCGCUACGGGCAGCACGUCGUCCUCGACGAUUCCCACAUCUACUGUCACCGUUAAGAACACGGAUGAGGUCAAAACUCAAGCUUCUGUAACGUCAACUUCUCCAAAGUUUUCAAAUGCCACUACCAAAAUUACUGAGAGCAAUUCUGUAAUAAAUAACACGACGACGACGACAACAACGACAACGACAUCUCCGAACAUUACCGUAACUCAAAUUGUUAAAGAACAAAAUUUCAGCAUUAACGAAAUUCUCGAGCAAAACGAGAGAAUCAAUGAGGAUCUGGAAAAACCAGAAAUAGAAGUGGUAGCAUAUUCACAAAAAACGAUAAUCGAAGAAGACACGACCCUUGAACUAGCCGGAACGACAACAGAUGUCCCUAUAGAAUUGUUGGUCGAUCAAAAAGAGGAAGAUGAAGAAGUACUUGACGCUGUUACGAAGUCAACAUAUGAAGAACUUAUAGCUGUAGCAAGUCAUGAGCAACAACAACAGUUCAGACCACGUCCCGAGUAUCGGCCAUCGAGUGUAGUUGAGGCAUCGGUGAGUACCGGGGAACAGCUUUAUCAAGACGUUGCAGCGAAGGACCAACAGGAGCAACCAGUAUUGAAGUUUAGAGGAAUGAAUGCCUGUCCCGUCAAGGAAGAAGUAGUAGCCCCGUUCUGGGCCAAUAAUACUCGCGGCGAGGUCUUGGCCCUCCUCAAUUUGUACCCCUUUGAGCAGUAUGUCCAUUGGGAGAAGUGCACGCACGAGAACAAGCAAAUGUAUUGCCGGGACGGAUGUAGAUGCGAGCAGCAGUAUCGACUGCAUCGGCUGUUAGCUUAUGAUCCCAACAAUGAGUGCCGAGGCAUUUUCAGCGACUGGUUCAAGUUUCCCAGCUGUUGUGUUUGUCGCUGUUACGAUCUGCCACUGGAAUUUCGGGUGACUGGAACUUCGCGUUCACCACGCACCUCACACAAACGACGAAUCAAAGUGCAAUCGCCAACGCGAAACCGUUACUCAUGAUCUAAUUGCCUUUUGGCUGGCGGGCUGCCAAAUACUGCUGCAUGUAAGUUGAGGACGAUCCACUAGAUAAGAUCCUACAUAAAAUUCCAACAAGUGCAGUACAAAUUAGUUUUUUUUUAAUUAAAAAUCUUGCAAUUCAGAGAUUCUAGAUUUAAUAUUGAUAUUUGAUAUUUUUUACAUAAGAGAAGAUGGUGCAAGACAGGGUGGAGAAGUAAGGCGGGGAAGUAUCGCGCAAUUCAAGUGCAGGAAUCACAAUCAAGCAUACGCGUUAAAUGUGGCCUCUCGGUUGUUAAAAGUUACUUAUGAGGUAGCGAAGUAAGCAGCUGCAUUAUUGAGUUAGAUCAUAUAUUUUAUAUUUUCUUGUGAUUUUCUUAUAAUUUUAUCUCAUUUUUUCAGUUUUGUCAUUGGUAUUAAAUUAUAGUAGUUUCUCUGGGAAUGCAUACGUUCUUGAGACAAAAUUUAAUAGGCUACAAGAUAACAAUGUUAUUUUCUACUUUUGUAAAUAGUGUUUAGAAAAUUAUUGACAUUACAUACAUUUUGAUAUUAUUUUGAAUAGACGAGAAAGGAUAAGAUAGGAUAGAAGAAGAUAAAAUAAUUGUGCGCAGCGAGAUUGUGCACGUUCUGUCUGGCAAAUGAUCACAGCCACUCGCAGAGCAAUUUUUUUCUUUGGACAAUUAAUUAUCCAGACAGCCAAAUAAUUGCAAGUUGUCGGCACUUGCCACAAAUAUUCUCAUAAUUAUCAGCAAAGCAAUUUUAACAGAAAGGGGUAUCUUCUUAUCGGUACUUCUGCCAGCAACAGUUUCCAAAAUAUAACACGGCAAGUUCCCAACAAUCCGCAUUAUACUUAUCACUUAUUAUUAGAAAGAGAAAUUGUUGCUCACAUGUUGCUGACAUGUUCACAGAUUGCUAUAAACAGUUUUCAAAAUAUAAUAAUGGCAAAAGUUCUCACCCAUACAGCACACUAAUAUUAUAUCAACAUCUCAGCAAUAUUUAAUUGCAAGAUUGCAAAUAUUGCAGCAACAUUAUAAAAUAUUGAUACAAUAUUAAUGAGACAUUGCAGCAAUGUCUAGUGUUUUUUGAAUCAAUAUUUUAUAGAUAUUGAUUUCAAUAUUGAUUCAAUAUUGACUCAAUAUCUAUUCAAUGUACAAAAAAAUUUCUUUGAAAUGUAAAUAUUAAUUUGGUUACACCACAUAAUUUCAAUGCAAAACAAUAUUUUCAUAAUAUUUUAAAAAACAUUUUUUGUAAAAAAAAUCUCGUGAAUUUUCUCUCGGAAAUUUCCAAGUGGCCACCCAUCCAAAUCGUGACCACGGUGGAUGAUGCUUGAUUUCUGCAACUGUUGCGAACUGGAUCCUUCGUGAUGACCUGUGAAUACUUUAUACUAAUACGUAUGUAUAACUGAUAGAUUAGACGAAUAUAUAUCGAAAAGUUGAAACAUGUAUAAUUAAAGCAUAAUAUUUAUAUAAACA